AUGAUUGAGAUCUUUCGCGACUCAGCGUUCGGCAAACUACUCCGUAUCUUCAGUGGUACAAUACUUUUACCAUAUCCAGAAGAGGCGCAUGAAUUAGCUUGGAGAACAUACAUACAAACCUCUGCGGACGCUGAACAGCAUGAAGAAUCCACGGCAACCAGCGAAAAGGAACUUCCUCAAUCAUAUGGACUAUACACGGUUAUUUCGCAAGCUUCCCACCGGCACCGACGGAGACCUUCUCUAAAUAGUGCUUUAGCAGGUCCAUGGCGUGGGCCAAAAGGAAAGACACCUGUGAUAAUCGGUUGGGGAGGCCCGGAUGAUAGCGAGAACCCUCAGAACUGGAGUACCAGAAAGAAAUUCUUUGUCAGCUCGCUCAUCUGGCUUCUCACAUUUUCUAUUUACAUUGGCUCCGCAAUAUACACACCUGGAAUACCAGGGGUAUCGAAGCAAUUUAAUGUGAGUAAAGAAGCUGCGUUACUCGGAUUGACACUGUUCGUACUCGGAUACGGACUUGGUCCCAUGAUUUGGGCACCUUUAUCGGAGCUGCCCGCUGUGGGAAGAAGUCCAGUGUAUGUUUUCACUCUGACAGUCUUCGUUUUCUUUCAAUUUGCUAUAAUUUACGCGAAGAACUUCGGCAUGCUCUUAGCAUUUCGAUUCUUGACCGGCUUCUUCGGCUCACCUGUCCUUGCUACAGGUGCAGCUUCUAUGGCGGAUAUCUGGGACAUCAGAACCCGAGACUAUAUGAUUGCAAUCUGGGGAUGCUUUGCAAUUUCGGCUCCUGUGCUCGGGCCUCUAGUAGGAGGAUUUGCAUAUUCCGCCAAAGGUUGGACAUGGACUAUUUGGGAGUUGCUUUGGAUAUCUGGCUUUACUCUUGUGGUUCUUUUUAUCUUACUUCCAGAAACAUUUGCAGUUAAUAUCCUCAGUCGACGUGCCCGCCGGAUCCGCCGGAUCACCGGCGAUCAGAGGUACGCAUCUGAGGCUGAGAUUGAGAUUGCCCGUGUCAAUCCCAGGGAUGUCCUCUUUGAAGCUCUCCUCCGGCCGUUUCAAUUGUGCUUCUUCGAGCCCAUCGUGUUCCUGAUGAACCUCUACAUAGCCCUUAUCUACGGGAUCUUGUAUAUCUGGUUCGAGGCUUUUCCGAUUGUCUUUGAAUUAAAGCGCGGCUUCAACCCAGGGGAAAAUGGGCUGGCAUUUCUUGGUAUUCUGGUAGGGGCUGUUUGUUUCGCUAUUCCGGGAUACUUUUGUUGGAAACUUCGCCGGCAAUCCAAGCAUAUUGACGUGAACGGCUAUCUUCCUCCGGAAGAACAUCUUCCUCCAGCAUGUUUAGGAGCGUUGUGCCUGCCCAUAUCACUCUUCUGGUUUGGAUGGACUGGAAACUUCGCUAGUAUCCACUGGAUUGUGCCUAUCAUUGCCUCGGUGCUUUUUUCUAUCGGAAGCUGUCUUAUCUUCAACAGCAUCUUCUGCUAUGAGGCAAGUGCGUAUCCAAAGUACGCAGCCUCUGUCCUUGCCGGGAAUGAUUUCUUACGGUCGUCUUUCGGUGGUGCCUUCCCCCUCUUUGCGACCCAAAUGUUCCUCAACCUGGGUGUCGGCUGGGCCUGUACAUUGCUUGGGUGCUUGUCGUUGCUAUUCGUCCCAUAUCCAUUUGUCCUGUACAAGUUUGGCAAGCGGAUUCGGAAUCGCAGCAAAUAUGCGCAACACGAUGACUAG